GGGAGUAAGGUCUUAGGUUUUAUAUGAUUUUUUUCAAAUUCUGCACUUUGACAGUGGUGGCGAACGAAAUACACUAAUCCGACAGUUAUUUUUUUUUUGCGAAGAGAUGGAUUGUUUUUCCUUUUGAUUCCAAUCUUUUCUCCCCGUGACAAAGCAUAAAUCAUGGACACCAGAAAAUAAGGUGGACCUCAGGAAUCCUGCAAAGGACUGAGAAGGUUACAUACUUCCUCAGGAGGGAAGUGUGGGGUGUUUUUAACCCUCUCUGGAACCUAAAACGAAAAACAUGAGUUGCGUGCCAUGGAAAGGAGACAAGGCCAAAUCUGAAUCACUGGAGCUGCCCCAGGCAGCCCCCCCGCAAAUCUACCAUGAGAAGCAGCGCAGGGAGCUGUGUGCCCUGCAUGCCCUCAAUAACGUCUUCCAGGACAGCAAUGCAUUCACCCGGGAAACGCUGCAAGAGAUUUUCCAGAGGCUGUCUCCGAACACCAUGGUGACUCCCCACAAGAAGAGCAUGCUGGGAAAUGGGAACUACGACGUGAACGUCAUUAUGGCAGCACUUCAGACCAAAGGCUAUGAAGCUGUUUGGUGGGACAAGCGCAGGGAUGUCGGUGCCAUUGCUCUCACUAAUGUCAUGGGCUUCAUCAUGAAUCUACCCUCUAGCCUGUGCUGGGGUCCGCUGAAGUUGCCUCUCAAAAGGCAGCACUGGAUCUGUGUUCGAGAGGUGGGCGGUGCCUACUACAACCUUGACUCCAAGCUGAAGGUGCCCGAGUGGAUCGGAGGCGAGAGCGAGCUCAGGAAAUUUCUAAAACAUCAUUUGCGAGGAAAGAACUGUGAACUCCUGCUGGUGGUACCAGAAGAGGUGGAGGCCCACCAGAGUUGGAGGGCCGACGUGUAACAGUUCUGCCCAGCCUCCCUCACCUCCACCCCCAGAUCCUCCGUGACGUGCUGUGGCCUGUACAGUGGGUCUGCCCUUGCCACUUCCCCAGACAUCUCAUCGGGGUUUUCCUCUCAGAUUUGACAGUGCAAUAGGCCAGAUGUGUGAAAUGUUACAAGAACUAACCAGCGUUACCUGUUCCUGGGAAAGGAAGGUAGGAGCUCUGUGUUAGGGCAAGCGACGGAAGACUCUUACUGUGUUUGGAGAGGAGGAAAACAGGUGGGUCCUAGCGUAUUUCUCCCUUUCCUCUGAGGACUUGAUGGAGGCUGUGCUGGAGUUCACUGCUGCUCUGACCUGCCUGGAGAUGCUGCCUCCAUGUCCCCUUUCCCGGCAACCAGUGGGUCUGAAGACAGUACAUGCAAAGCCCAUGGGACUGGUUUGAAGGACCCAGAGCAAAAGGGCCUCUCAGGAAACCGUCUUCACAACCCCAGCAGCAGCACACGCCAUCUCCAGCCCAGAAUGCCACCCCCACCCUGUUUUUGAGGGUGGCGUGUGGCCAUCCUUGGGAGUUUUAUAAUGAAAAGUUCUCUAAUACUUCAUACCAAGUGGUUGAAUCCUGCAACAUUGUAGUGUGACAGGGUGAGCUAGACACCUAAGAGGACAUGACCAAAGCCGGGGGGCGUGGCCGACCUGGCUGCCGCACUCCAGCGUUGUCCCUGCCACUUCAUUACAGCAAUUUAAGGAGGCUCUGGGGCACAAAAUAAGCAAAAGGGCAGCUUUCCCAGUGGCAGAAACUGGAAAAAAUAAGCCUGCCUUCAACAUCGAGUUCCAGCGUGAAAAGAAAUAGCUCGAAUCAGAAGUCCUAGGCGCCGAGUCACUACAGUGACACGCAGUCAAGUCAGGUGGUUAUGUGCAUUGUUACAGGACCUGGGUUUGUCAUCUUUCUGUAAUUUCCUUUACAAAUCAACUGAGAAUUGAUUGCCCCAUACCUCUUUAAUAGUUGCAGGCCACUUUUUUCCUGCAGCUUUGGGAAACAGGAUGGGGAGUACAUGCCAUGCCACACUGCGAGUCACCAAAAUGGUUGUAGCUGCCUCAAGGCAAGUGGGCAGGCAGAGAUGGCCUGUCUAGCCCUUGCAGAUCAGUGGCCUUGUCAGGCCUGAGAGCUGCUGAUUUCUCUGCAGCAGCAAAGUCAGCCUGGGGCUUGCAUGUCAGCCAUGAGCAAGCGAAAUGGGACGAAGCUGAGGCUUUCUCUUCCCCACUGUGACUGGAGUGCAUGUUUACACCAGCACUUUUUCUGCACAUGUAUCUUCAACAAGGCCGUUUUUUAUGCUUAGUAAGAGGCCACCAAGCGGCUACUGCAUUACACCAUCUAAAUGACUGACCGCAGUCUCGUUUGCACCAUUUUUUUAUGUCAGACCUGCUUGGCACCACAGAGAGCUCUCUACCUUAUCCCUGCACAAUGACAUUCCAACCACCACCAGCCAGAAAUUACAGCCAACCUUGCUGAUUGUCACAAGCAGGACCUUGGGUCCAUUGGCACUGUCAGUGAUAAGAUAGUAAGCCAUUUCCUGGGAAGAGGAGGAAAUUCCUCUCCAGUCUGCUUGGACCUGUGCAAAUGGCACUUCAAAGGAAUCCCCAUGUAGUUGGGAGUCCGUGAGCCAACAGGAUAUGCAAAGACACUCAACCAUUUCAGGGCUGGUUUCUCUGUUCAUAUCCAAUUCUGGUGCUUAGAAACAGGGACCCAUGCUGAUGCCCAAGGGCAAAAAGUCCCACUUCCUUUAAGGACGGGCAGGCCUGACCCUGAUACCCAGUAAGGGGCGACCCUAGGCUUUUUGUUUUUCUUGCUUUUAUUCCCUGCCCUUUUUUGUUGGCCUUGUGCUGGGUUUGUUUACAAAAGAUGUAUUUUGUUUAACCAAAUAUUAAAAAUGGAAA